AUGGCGCGCCCAGAUCUGGGGCAAGUGGUGGCCUGGUAUGUCUGCACAGUGGCGGCAUGCAUCUUCCUGGUCUGUCGCCUUGUGGUCCGCCUGCGGCUCCUGAAGCGGCUUUACCUCGACGACCUGUUCGUUAUGAUGGCUGCCUUGUGUCUAAUCGGCGAUCUGGCAAUCCAACAUUAUAUGUUCAACCUGGGCAUGUCUGAAAUGGCGAAUACAACCAUGCAGCAGAAGAUUAAUAUGAUGAAGAUGAUCAUCCCGGGCUCCACACUAUACGUCACUUCGCUGUGGCUGAUCAAGUCUAGCAUGGUGAUCUUCUACAAGCGCCUUGCAGAUCGCACCCGGUACCAGACGGUGUAUAACAUCACACUUGGCUUCCUGGCUGCAACCUGGCUAGUGCUGUUUUUUGAUAUUGUCUUCAAAUGCUACCCGCCCCGGCGGCAGUGGGAUGGGCUCACGAACCCUGAGUGUAAGGAUGCUUCUAUACCAACUACCACAGAUGCAGGGACUGACGCUCUUUUAGUGGCAUGCCCCCAAGGACCUUCCACAGUCAAUUACUGGCUUACUAUUCUCUUCAACAUCUUCAGUGAUGUCUUCAUCAUCUGCCUCCCCAUUUCGCAAGUUGCACGACUCAAGAUGCCCAAGAAACAAAAGUGGGGUGUCAUCUCUGUCUUCCUCCUGGGUGGUCUUGUAGUCAUCAGCAGCAUUAUCCGGGCAAUCUACUCCCACCGCAACGAACAAAUGAUCACCUGCACCGUCUCCAUGGUCGAGACCGCCAUCGCCAUCAUCGCUUCUUGUCUCCCCGUUCUCCGCACCCUAGUAUUCGGCUCGCACUCUCGCACAGGAACCUAUAGCGGCCGCCGCGGCUACGAGCUCUCACACUCUGGCGUACAUACCGGUGCCCAGGCCAGCAAGCAACACACCACCGUCUCCGUCUCACGAAGUCAAGUCGACCGCGGCGCAGAUGACAUUUCGUUCCAUGACUCCGAGGAUGGAUUGGUGAAGGAUACGGCACUGGUUCCCGGGCCGGGGAUUGCCGUCAAGACUGAGUAUUUCGUGCAUGAGGAUCGCUCAUAA